AUGGCGGAGCAAAGCGUGACCCAGAUUGUCUCCCAGCUCAAACAAUCUCCUCUCCCCUACGAGGAAGCUUCCUCCCUCCUCUCCCGUGCCAAGAUACAUCUCCUCCAUCUCAACGCUCUCACUCCCACCCCGACCACUCCCGCCCACCUACUACCCUCGCUCGAUCGCUCUACGAGCAAGGCGCCCUCGCCUCCAUUCGUGCUCGCGAUGCCGCCGCCUUCUCCCGAUAUGUUCAGCAUCUCCAGCCCUUUUACGAGCUUCCUCCGUCUGUUCUCACACCCGAGACUGCGGAGCGCAACAAGAGAGGUGGUUAAUGGAGGGAGCUAUGAUCGUGUCUGGAAUGCCAUGCAGAGCCGCGAGGUACCCUGCGACGAAUACAGCGUGUUCUCCGAGAUUCUUACCAGCCAAAUCCGAUCUGAGAUCGCUAGUAGCUCUGAGCGGGCCUACCCUAGUCUGCCCUUGAGCUCGACAAAGUCCUUGCUUUUCCUCGAAUCCGAGGGCGCCGUAAUUGACUUUGCCCGCGAGCGCCGUUGGGUCAUACGCGAUGGCCACAUCUACUUCCCCGAUAGUGAAGCUGCCAGCGAGCAGGAUUCCGCCGCCCAAGACAAGGAUUUCAGCAGGACUAUAAUCGAAAAUACCUUGGGUUAUGCCCGUGAGCUUGAGACGAUUGUCUAG